GCCGACUAUCCUUACGGUCAACAAAGGUGCAUCUUUACCGCUACAGGAUCAUGGGAGGAAUGGCUGGCCAAUGUCGGAUCACUAACACGCAGGACCCGUGUCAUAUCAGCUGGAAUCCGGACUACAAUGCUAUAUGGAGCUGGUGUGGUGGAUCGGGACAGGGGCUUGAUAUGGUGUUCGGUAUAUUGCCCAACGGCGCAUCCUCACUCCUCAUCCCAACCUAUAAAGCCCGCCGUCAGGUCAACAACUACAAGCAAGCCUACAAUUUCCUAUCCCUCAGCCCCAUACACUUCGAUAAUGUGAAUGAGCUGAAGACAAAAAUGGAAUGGCUGAAGCCCAAGGCUAGUGGGUCGAAGGCAAAGAAGGGCAAGGAUAUGGAUACGAGCUCUGCGAAUAAGGGGUAUUAUGUUACAAUUGCGAGUGAUGGAAGGGCGGUGACGGAUAGAGGUUGGCAAAGAGCGGCAUUUGAGCAUUCGAGGAUUCUUUACCAAAUACUUCGUCAUGAUCUUGAUCCUGUAUACCUCGGAUUGGAUCGACGAUACCGUCGAGAUGUCCUUGGUGACGUUCAGUUCGUGGCUCUCGCCUUAAACUAUUGGGCUGAGGAUCUGGACUGGCUCCGCGAUGCAGAAAGUCUUCAGCUCCUCGACGUCGGAUACACGACGUUCCGUGUGGCAAGGAACAUUGACCAGGGGGAAAACCAGUUGGUGUUUGGUGAGACACACCACCUGACCUGUAAGGAGAAGAGCGCUCUUAAGAAGAAGGGGUUGGAGAGAUUGCCAGCUGCACCGGGUUCACAAACAACAUCUCAAACCCUUCCCUUCGCAGAUCUCUCGUUGAAUAUCCAAACACUCCUCACCUCCCUGGAAUCCUCUUCCGAGCCAGUCAUAAUCCUUGUUUACGAUGAAGCACCUCUCCGUACGGAUGUCGCCAACAGAAGCUUGGUGGGUGCAGCACUGCAGAAACUUAAGGUCAACAUUUCGAGAUGGAAGAAGGUGCCACAAGAUGGAGGUUUAUUCAGCUACGAUAGCCCACGAGCCCGCUCCCGCUCACCUAAACGCGAACAACCACACAACGCCUCUUCCUCCAGAGAUCCUCGCGCCAGACCAAGACGCAGCCGAUCGCCACCAACACGCCACGACCUCCGACGCGGAGAUAUUCACUGUGUCGAUGUCAGCCAGAUGAUCAAUGCGCUCAACCCAGUAAAUGGGAAGGAUCUCUCGCUUCCUCAGAUGGCACGUUGUCUUGGUUUGGGAGAUACUACGUCCGGGUGGUGUGCAGGUACAGAAGCACAAUAUUUGGCGAAGAUGUGGCUUGAGCUAGCGAAAGGGACACCGGUGGACGACCAAGCCGACCAAAGAAAAGCCCAGUUCGAAGCCCUACCACCAAGUAAGGGACACAUGCAAUCGGUGGACAAAGCACCAAUGGAGCAUGCCAACAACAACCCAUACAAUCGCGAUGAUGACGAAGACGAGGACUAUGAAGACGAGGAAUAUUGAUGAGCUGAUCUCAUCAUUGAUGAGGGCGGACUCAUACAUUCUGCGAUAACUUGCUUCAUCUGUGUGUAUUUUUUGAGGUGCAGAUUCAUACCGGGUUUCUCUCCAU